AUGGGUUCUUACUCUGCUGGUGGAUUCCCCGGAUCUUUUGAGAGCUUCAAUUUCAACAACCAGAUUGAUUUCCCUAAUUUCGGAAACGAUUUCUAUCUAAAUGACCAACCUUUGUUAAACAUUCCAUCUCCAUCUCCUCCUCCUCCUCCAGAGCAAUCACCACAACAGAAUCUUGCUGCUGCGGAUUCCGAUUUCUCUGAUUCGGUUCUGAAAUACAUAAGCCAAGUCCUCAUGGAAGAAGACAUGGAAGAGAAGCCAUGUAUGUUUCACGACGCUCUGUCUCUUCAAGCAGCUGAGAAAUCUCUCUACGAAGCUCUCGGCGAAACGUACCCUGAUCAUCAUUCUCAGCCUCUCAUCACUACUACUACAACAAGCCCUGUUCCAUUGGCUGAUAGUCCUGAUGGAUCUUCUUCAAGCACAACCACUACCACUUCCUCUGACUGGAGCUUUGAUUGUUUAGAGAACAAUAGGCCUUCUUGGUUACAUACACCAAUCCCUAACAACUUUGUUUUCCAGUCUAGAUCCAUUCCACAGUCUGUUGUUGGUGGCGGUGGCGUUAGUGGUGGUUUGGUUUCUAAUAUGUUUAACGAUAGAGAAUUGGCGUUACAAUUCAAGAGAGGCGUGGAGGAAGCUAGUAAGUUCCUUCCUAAGAGCUCUCAGUUGGUUAUAGAUGUCGAAAGCUACAUCCCGGCGGACUUUGUUUCUUGCAGACUGACAGGAAAGAAAAGCCAUUCGCGGCGGCGCGAAGAAGAAGAAGAACAUUUGGCUGAAGAAAGAAGCAAGAAACAGUCAGCUGUUCAUGUGGAUGAAGCUGAGCUUUCUGAUAUGUUUGACAAGAUUCUGCUCUUUGGCCAGCCUGAGGAGAAACCUGUAUGCAUUCUUCACGAGAACUUUUCGAAAGAACCCACAACGAAAGCUUCAUCCUUUAGCAAGAAACCGGCUGCUAGUAGUAGUGGUAACGACUCUAUGAAAGAGACGACGACAGCUGAUCUGAGGACACUUUUGGUUUCAUGUGCUCAAGCAGUUUCUGUUAACGAUCGUAGAACGGCAGAUGAGUUGUUGAGAAAAGUUAGGCAGCAUUCUUGCUCUUACGGCGAUGGAACAGAGAGAUUAGCUCAUUACUUCGCAAACAGUCUUGAAGCACGCUUGGCAGGGAUAGGCACGCAGGUCUACACUGCCUUGUCUUCCAAGAAAACGUCUGCGUCCGACAUGUUGAAAGCUUACCAUACGUACAUAUCCGUGUGCCCGUUCAAGAAGAUCGCAAUCAUAUUCGCUAAUCACAGCAUCAUGCACCUGAGUCAGAAUGCGAAAACCAUACACAUCAUAGACUUUGGUAUAUCUUAUGGCUUCCAAUGGCCUCCUCUGAUUCACCGGCUUGCAUGGAGACGCGGUGGGACGUGUAAGCUUCGGAUAACCGGUAUAGAGCUGCCACAGCGCGGGUUUAGACCGGCCGAGGGAGUUGUGGAGACCGGUCAUCGCUUGGCUAGGUACUGUGAGAAGUUCAAUAUUCCAUUUGAGUACAACGGCAUAGCGCAGAAGUGGGAAACGAUCAGGUUAGAGGACUUGAAGCUGAGAGAAGGCGAGUUCGUUGCGGUGAACUCGCUGUUUAGGUUUAGGAACCUUCUUGAUGAGACGGUGGCAGUGCACAGCCCUAGAGACGCAGUUCUGAAGCUCAUCAAGAAGAUCAAACCGGAUGUUUUCAUCCCUGCGAUCCUCAGCGGAUCGUACAACGCGCCUUUCUUUGUCACUAGGUUUAGAGAAGCUUUGUUUCAUUACUCGUCUUUGUUCGACAUGUGUGACACGAACCUGACGAGGGAAGAUCCGACGAGAGUUAUGUUUGAGAAGGAGUUCUAUGGGAGGGAGAUCAUGAACGUUGUGGCUUGCGAAGGGACGGAGAGAGUGGAGAGACCGGAGAGUUAUAAGCAGUGGCAAGCGAGGGCGGUGAGAGCCGGGUUUAGGCAGCUUCCUUUGGAGAAGGACCUUGUUCAGAAGCUAAAGUUGAUGGUGGAGAGUGGAUACAAUAGCAAAGAGUUUGAUGUUGAUCAAGAUGGUAGCUGGUUGCUUCAAGGCUGGAAAGGUAGGAUUGUGUAUGCUUCGUCUACUUGGGUUCCUAUGUGA